AUGGCUGGUUUCAAGAGAGGAUAUGAUGGGAAGAUUGCUGGACUUUAUGAUCUUGACAAGACCUUGGGCCGAGGACAUUUUGCAGUUGUCAAACUUGCUCGUCAUGUCUUUACAGGUGAAAAGGUAGCUGUGAAAGUCAUCGAUAAGACCAAAUUAGACUCCUUAGCUACUGGGCAUCUUUUUCAAGAAGUCCGAUGCAUGAAACUGGUGCAACACCCCAACAUAGUUCGUCUGUAUGAAGUGAUUGACACACAAACCAAAUUGUAUCUCAUUCUAGAACUUGGUGAUGGAGGCGAUAUGUAUGAUUACAUAAUGAAGCAUGAGGAAGGCCUCAGUGAGGAUCUGGCCAAGAAAUACUUUGCUCAGAUUGUGCAUGCGAUAUCUUACUGCCAUAAGUUACAUGUGGUGCACAGGGACCUCAAACCAGAGAAUGUUGUGUUCUUUGAGAAACAGGGACUUGUGAAACUGACAGAUUUUGGCUUUAGCAACAAGUUUCAGCCUGGGAAAAAGCUGACCACAAGCUGCGGAUCAUUAGCUUACUCUGCUCCAGAGAUACUUCUUGGGGAUGAAUAUGAUGCUCCUGCAGUAGAUAUUUGGAGUCUGGGUGUAAUCCUCUUCAUGCUGGUGUGUGGGACUCCUCCAUUCCAAGAAGCAAACGACAGCGAAACGUUGACAAUGAUAAUGGACUGUAAAUAUACUGUACCCAAGCAUGUGUCCAAGGAGUGUAAAGACCUGAUCACUCGGAUGCUACAGAGAGAUCCUAAGAGAAGAGCAUCUUUGGAAGAAAUUGAAAACCAUCCUUGGCUCCAGGGAGUUGACCCAUCUCCUGCAACAAAGUACAACAUUCCUCUAGUGUCCUACAAGAACCUCUCUGACGAAGAACAUAACAGCAUCAUACAGCGGAUGGGUUCUCGGUGACAUAGCAGAUCGUGAUGCCAUUGUAGAUGCCUUGGAAACAAAUAAAUACAACCACAUAACCGCUACUUACUUCCUGUUGGCCGAGAGGAUUCUACGAGAGAAACAGGAAAAGGAGAUACAGGCGCGCUCUGCCAGUCCCAGCAACAUAAAAGCCCAGUUUAGGCAGUCCUGGCCCACAAAGAUUGAUGUUCCUCAAGACUUGGAGGAUGAUUUGACAGCUUCUCCAAUAGCCCAUGUGGCUGUUCCACCCACUCCAGCUCGCAGCACAGAUAAUGUGCUUAAUGGCCAUAGAAAAUAAAGGUCUUGUAGAGCCCCUGAAAAAAGAGGAUGUACCA